AUAGCGUCAGGUGGCUAGUCCGUAUGAAGGCUGCCGGCCGCUGACGCCCCCUUGCGGCUGUAAGGAAACCCCAGGGGUCCCUCCCACGCCAGGGGAGCGGGGGGCGUGUGCCGCAUCGGAGCACCGAGAUCCGCCCCAAAGCGUCGCUGCGGCGACGGCAGCGGCAGCGGCAGCGCCUCCUCUUCCCUCCUCUGGUCCGGGUCUUGCUGGAGCCGCGGGCGAGAGCGAAGAUGGCGACGUGGGCGUGCGGGAUGCCGGCGCGGCGCUUGCUGCUGCUGGCGGCGCUGCGGGGCGGAGACCCUUGCCUGGCCCGCGGCAGCGGCGGGAGUCGGGACUACUCCAAAGACCACGAAAGCAGCUGGUUCCGUUCCCUCUUCGUCCACAAAGUGGACCCCCGAAAGGAUGCCCAUUCCAACCUCCUGUCAAAGAAAGAGACCAACCACCUGUACAAGAUCCAGUUCCACAAUGUGAAACCUGAGUGCCUGGAUGCCUAUAACAGCCUGACGGAGCAGGUACUUCCAAAGCUGCACUCGGACUCGGACUACCCCUGUGACUUGGUUGGCAACUGGAAUACUUGGUAUGGUGAACAGGACCAGGCAGUGCACCUCUGGCGAUUCACCGGUGGCUACCCGGCCCUCGUGGACUGCAUGAACAAGCUGAAACAGAACCAGGAGUACCUGGAAUUCCGGAAGGAGAGGAGCAAAAUGCUGUUGUCCCGAAGAAACCAGCUACUCUUGGAGUUCAGCUUUUGGAAUGAGCCUUUGCCACGACCUGGGCCCAAUAUCUAUGAACUGAGGACGUACAAGCUGAAACCUGGGACCAUGAUUGAGUGGGGAAAUAACUGGGCGCGGGCCAUUAAAUAUCGCCAAGAGAACCAGGAAGCUGUGGGCGGCUUCUUCUCACAGAUCGGGGAGCUGUACAUCGUGCACCACUUGUGGGCCUACAGGGACCUGCAGUCUCGAGAGGAGACGAGGAACGCUGCCUGGAGAAAACGAGGGUGGGAUGAGAACGUUUACUAUACAGUGCCUCUGGUCCGGAGCAUGGAAUCGCGAAUCAUGAUCCCUUUGAAGAUCUCCCCCUUGCAAUGAUGCUGUCGCCAGGCUGUCGUCUCUCUGCACCAAACACGCAGCUCAAGAAAUUGAGCUGGCCGCGUUUUCCUCCGUCCGGAUCCUCUCUGAACUCUUUUCUGACUUUCUCUUCACCCCUCGCCUGUCUCCCAUCUUCUCUGCCACUUUGUCUGGAGAUACCCAUCUCCUUGCCUUCCUCCCCCCCUUUUCCUUCUAGCCUCUUGGUUUCCAGAAAGUUUGUCAGAAUCCUGCUGAGCUCAUCUUAUUGACUCUGAAUGAGAAGCUUGGAGGCUUGAUGUGUUGCCGUCAAUGGACUACCAAGUCUGGCUUGUUCCAGAGGCUGAUGAUUCUCUAGAUGAAGCUGCUUAGGGGGUGAUUGCUGUUGCUUGCUGUGGCAAACACAAUUAUAUUAAGAGUUGUUAAGAGGCCCCUGCUCCCCUCCUAGAACUACAGUUCCCAGAGUUCCCUGGGGAAAGGGAUUGAUUAUUAAACUGAUCUGGGAAUUGUAGUGCUGGGAGGAGAUUAGGGGGUCUUCCUAAGGGGCUGAGACUUCUCAACAAACCACAGCUCCCAGAAAUCAAUGUGGGGGGAGGCAUGAAGGUUUAAAGUAGUAGCAUAGCCCUUUAAGGUGUGAAUGCCACCUAAGCAGGUAUUGUUGGAUACAAAGGAAAUGACUCUUUUCUCCCCACCUCCCACCCCGCAGCCGCUCUUAUCCUUGAAAUAGCCUUUUUAAUUGCUGGAAAGGCAGCCUCCAAACUUUUCUAAAAGGAAAUAGUCGUACCUUGGAAGUUGGAACGGAAUCCUUUCCGGAAGUCCGUUUGACUUCCAAAGCGUUCGACUUCCGAAUCACGGCUUCCGAUUGGCUGCAGGAAGCUCCUGCAGCCAAUGGGAAGCUGCGGAAGCCCUGUCAGACAUUCGGCUUCCAAAAGAACAUUUGAAAACCGGAGCAGUCACUUCUGGGUUUCGGUCGUUCGGGAGCCAAAACGUCCCAGUUCCAGGGCGUUCGACAACCAAGGUAUGACUGUACAGUCAUACCUCGGAAGACGAAUGCCUUGCGAGUUGAACAUUUUGGCUCCCGAAUCUUUAAAAACCUGGAAGUGAGCGUUCCGGUCUGCGAACGUUCUUUUGGAACUGGAAUAUCUGGUGUGGGUUCUGUGGCUUCUGAUUGGCCGCAGGAGCUUCCUGCAGCCAAUCAGAGGCCACGCCUUGGUUUCCAAACAUUUUGGAAGUCGAACGGACUUCCGGAACGGUUUCUGUUCAACUUCCGAGGUACGACUAUAAUGCACAACAGGGUAGCGUUCUCAGGAAUGUAAUGAAUGUAUACUGUGGGUGUGGGGAACCUUUAUAACCAGCUGGAUGUUGCUGAACUACAACUCCCAUGGUCACGCUGGCCAUGUUUGCCGGAAGUUGUAGUUCUGCAGCCUCUGGAAUGCCAAAAGUGUCCUCCUCCUAGCCUGCUUAGCUUGGUCUCUCUAUAUGUGCACAGACCAAAAAAUCCCUGGUGGUUUAAAUGUGGUUGCCCAGCUGUGAGUUAAGAGAGGAGGUGGAGAGAGACAGGGUCCUCUCAUUGGCACAAUGCAUCUUUUCUCUUGAUCAGUUACCCAUCUUUGGGUACCAUAGUGAGGCUGUGCUUCUUCGUAAUAAACUAUUUUAAGUGCUCUUCUGCCUAGGGACCAUGUGAAACAGCCUAGCUGCACAUGUAAUAAAAUAUUUAAUAUACUA